AGCUUCGAUGACGCCAUGGAGGAGUACGGCUGCCGGGUGUACGCGUUUGACCCGACCAUGGGGCAGCCGACGCACCUCAGGGGGCGCGACAUCCACUUCCAUCCAUGGGGCCUGGGGGCCGUGAAUGGGGUCAUAAGAGGCAUACCGGUCAAAACCUAUCGCGAUAUUCUAAAGAAUAUCCACGAAGAGGAGAGCGUCAUCGACUACCUUAAGAUCGACAUAGAAGGUUUCGAGUUGGACUUCUUCAGCAACGUUCUUGACGAACAUGUCGACCUUCUGGCGAACGUCAAGCAGAUCGUCAUGGAGAUCCACCCGUGGGAGUCGACGACGUUCCGUGACGAAAUCUGGAGCCAAAUUCGACGGCUGCGCAGCCUGCAUUUCGCGCAGGUUUACAGCCAACCAAACUACCUGCCGUUCAACCUUCGUGAAUUCGAGAACAGGACCGUGUCUUGCUGCUAUGAAAUGCUUUGGGUUAAUGAAAAGUUCCGGUGAUUCGAGAACAGGACCGUGUCUUGCUGCUAUGAAAUACUUUGGGAUAAUGAAAAGUUCCGGUGAGAUUGCGGUCUCGUGUAUCAUGUCGGGGAAGAUAGCAGGUUCCAUUUCCAAAUUGGUUUCUUUUAAUUUAUCUGAAUCUUAUUUAUGUUUAAGUGAAAUUUGUGUGUAUGUAUA